AGUGCUCAGUAGUGCCGAAGCGGCAAGUGAGCGGGCAGGAAGCCUCGCACGCACACAGACACACAGAAAGAGAGAAACAGAAGAGAUAAGGGAGAGGUUGAACCUCAACACCGUCCCCAAGUCUGGCUCUGGCUGCCCCAUCCUGUCCUUCUCUUUCAUCGCCCACAAUGUGGCUCCUGGACUGGAUCGUCUCGCUCAACACGGCUGUGGUGAAGCUGGCCAGUGGCCUUAGGUGCAAGCCAGAGCCCCACCCACGGGGAGCUGCCCAGCCGUCCGACUCUGCUCUGCAGGAGCAAGAGGAGGAGAUUCUGGGCUCUGAUGAUGAGGAACAGGAGGACCCCAACGACUACUGCAAGGGUGGUUAUCACCAUGUGAAAAUUGGUGACCUGUACAACAGCCGUUACCAUGUGAUCCGCAAAUUGGGCUGGGGUCAUUUCUCCACGGUGUGGCUGGCGUGGGACAUCCAGGGAAAGCGCUUCGUUGCCAUGAAGGUGGUGAAGAGUGCAGAGCACUACACUGAAACGGCGCUGGAUGAAAUCAAGCUGCUGCGUGCGGUGCGAAACUCGGACCCAAAUGACCCCAACAGAGAGAAAGUGGUGCAGUUGCUUGAUGACUUCAAGAUUUCAGGCAUCAAUGGCACACAUGUGUGCAUGGUGUUUGAAGUCCUAGGUCACCACCUGCUCAAGUGGAUCAUCAAGUCUAACUACCAGGGUUUGCCCUUGCCCUGUGUUAAAAGCAUCAUUCGGCAGGUUUUACAAGGCCUGGACUACCUGCACACCAAGUGUAAGAUCAUUCACACGGACAUAAAGCCAGAAAAUAUCUUAAUGAAUGUCAAUGAGUCAUACAUCCGGAGGCUGGCGGCUGAGGCCACAGAGUGGCAGAAGUCUGGUGCUCCUCCCCCAUCCGGCUCUGCAGUAAGCACAGCUCCAGCCCCCAAACAGAUGGCAAAAAUGUCUAAGAACAAGAAGAAAAAGCUGAAGAAAAAGCAGAAGCGGCAGGCAGAGCUGCUGGAGAAGCGCAUCCUGGACAUCGAGGGACUGGAGAGGGGGAAUGAAGGGGGUGAGGAUGAGGAGGAAGAAGAAGCAGAAACCCCUGACAGCACUCCAUCAGUCCCCAACAGUCACACACUGCAGGAAAUCGUAGCCGAGGCCACCUUGGAUUGUGUUCCAGACAGCUGGUCUCAGCAUAGAGAAUGUGCCAUGGACGGGAACUGUAACAGUCUCAGUCGAGGCCACGAGAAUGCAGAGACUGCAGAUUUUCAGCAGCAGGCGAAGGAUGACACCCCCAUCAACCCUUACGACAUUGGCACAGAGGUGUCAGAUUUGCAGCCUGUUAACCCUUACCCGGCAUGCAACGGCACAGCACCGAGCGAGCCCAGCCACCCGUCCCCUGCCGCUGAGGGUAAUGGACCUUUGCUUUGUGACGUGCUUGAGUCGCAGGGCCUUACAGGGCAGCAGAAACAGGAGAGGGGGGACAAAGAGGUCAAACUAAAUGGCUCCGGGUGCGUUAAUGGUCAGGAAGGCCCCACUUCGCAGGAGGCCCCCAAAAAGGACCUGGCCCCUACGUUGGAGAUGGACCCCAGCUUGCCAGCAGGCCCAGAGCAGGAGAGUUUAAAGGACGCUAAGCUUGCAGCAGGGAACCUGCUAGUCAACCCCCUGGAACCUCUAAAUGCUGACAAGAUCCUGGUUAAAAUCGCUGACCUGGGUAACGCCUGCUGGGUGCACAAACAUUUCACAGAUGAUAUUCAAACACGGCAGUACCGUUCUCUGGAAGUGCUGAUUGGAGCAGGUUACGGCACUCCAGCAGACAUCUGGAGCACUGCAUGCAUGGCAUUUGAGUUGGCGACGGGGGAUUACCUGUUUGAACCUCAUUCUGGAGAGGAUUACUCCAGAGACGAAGAUCACAUUGCACUGAUCAUUGAGCUGUUGGGGAAAGUCCCCCGUAAACUCAUCAUGAAUGGCAAAUAUUCGAAGGAGUUCUUCACUAAGAAAGGUGACCUGAGGCACAUCACUAAGCUGAAGCCGUGGGGGCUGCUGGACGUCCUGGUGGAGAAGUAUGAUUGGCCCCGUGAGGAAGCUCAAAGUUUCAGCAGUUUCCUCCUGCCCAUGCUGGACCUGAUUCCGGAGAAAAGAGCUACUGCUGCCGAGUGCCUCCGCCACGCCUGGAUCACCUCCUAGUGGCUGAAAGCCUCCAACACACACACAGAUACGCACACGCGCAUACACCUACAACACUUACAGUAAAGACGGGGAAGCACUCUCAUAGAUACCUGCGCGUGAGAAAUACUAACAGUCUUAAGUGCCAGGUCUGCUGACAUGGCUAGUAUUUAAAUGUGAGGAGGUCUAAUGAAGCAGAUCUAAUAUCUAUUUAUUUCACUCUUUUUUUCUUUUUUUUUUUCUUUUUUUUUUUUUUUUUUUUUUUACGUAAUGGGUGUAACUUAAGUGAGUUAACCUGUCGUUUCGAUCGUUUCAUUCUUUCUCUCUUCUCUGAGUGCCAACAAGUGUUUAACCAGAAGAUUGUUAUUAUUUGAGGGGUAUAAGAGCCAUUUUAAUGAAUACUUCAGCAGUUUUCAGCCUAAUAUGUAUCCGCUGCAUCUGUGGCAUAUGGUAGCAUGACACAGGCAGUUUUUGAUAUAAAAUAUAUAGCGGAAGCCAAUGGGAAGCUGCUUUAUCCCCUGUGGUGGGUAAUCUGUCUGCCUGUGGUAAUCACUUAUGCUACAGAUUGGGGUGGGCAGUAUGGCAAAAACAUAUGAUACUUUUUUAAGUUUAAACUCCUCAGGUCAAAUUACCUUUUGUUGAUGAACUAAGUGAAAAUAAGUGAACACAUCCUCUGCCAAUUUCUAUGUCGAGUUUAAAGCUGUAUUAUGAAAGAUUUUUUGUUGAAAUUGAAAGUACCAUUACUGAGUCUGGUGUAUGUAUGCUGCUGCGAAUCACCCUUCGAAGCCUGAAAUAGUAUUGUAAAGUCAGAGGGGUUAGGUCAUAUUUCGUAGGAAUUUUUUCAGCACUUGCAUGUAUCUUUACAUAUUAACAUCACACACAGGCUCAAAAAGAAGGUCUGACAUGAAAAUUAGGCUUCAGAUGCAAACACAAGUCUUCUUCACUAUACUGAUGAAUUUAUGAUUAUAAUAGAUAAUCCACUACAUAUAGUCUUUGACCAAGUUUUGAGUUUUCUUUGAAUUCUUUUUUUAGCGCACUCGCAAUCAUCAAAUUCGUCCCAGGGAGGGGACCAAAGCACAGCUGAGAUUACAAAAUUUUCUUCCGCAAAAUUCCAGGAAUUACACAUUGCUACCAGGGAGGUCUCCACAUCCCCAAAGCUCAUCUUACGCAGCUUUAACAUAUUUGAGAAAAAAUAAGUUACAGGACAUUUUAUAACUUAUUUUUUCUCCUAUAUGUUAAAUGAACAGUAUUUGAAAUGGUAUUCUCUGUAGAGGAUGUGGCAACUUAUUUUCAUUUCACCUUUAACUCAACAAAACAUGUCAUUUGACCAGGGGCAGGAAACUAUUUGCAUAUGACUGCAUGGAUCACAAUAUUUCGUUUGAGGAGUUGGAACAGUAAUGUUUAAAAAAAUAAAUUUUUGUUUUUGUUUUGUUUGUUUCUCUGUAUUGAAUCAUGCAGUUAGUGUUCUUAAAGAAUCAGAGUCUAUUGCAAUGUAAUAUGACAUUUUAUCUUGUUAAUGAUGAGUAUUGUCGUAGUGCCCUAUUAUAGACGCAGCAGAUUGAGAUUAAGGUGCAAAAUGAUGGAGUAUUCUUUUUACAAAACAAGAUAAAAUGGUAAUGAUCAGCCAUGUUUCAAACAGCCUUGGUGAGUUGGCAGUGCUGAAGGAUGCAGAGACAUUGUGCUCUUUUUCUAGGACACAAUAGUUAAUCUUAACCUUCUUUAAAAGUUUUUUUUUCUGCAUUCCAAGGCAGGUUGCAUCAGAAAUCUGAAUGAUAAACAGCAACAGUGAUGGCCCUGGGAAUGACUGGACAUUUCUUUGAGCUCCGAGGACCUGAACUGUGAGCUUAUUGAUUGAUUGGGCUCAGAGAGGAACUGCUGCUCAAUACACGAAAAGAAAGGACAUCUGUGUGCUUCUCCUUAAAAGGAAGAAAAAUAAAGUACAAAAAAAUACUAAAAUAGAUUGUUGCAGAUGAAAGAAAGAAAAACUCAAUUUAUUAGAACAAGAGCAAUUUCUGUUGGUCCAUUUAUUGUGAAAUGUUCACGCAAUGUAAAGGGCAGCCGGUGUAUAAAACGCACAGGGAAAACUUUUUGAUAUGACUGGGACAAUAUCAGUUGAUCAUUGAAAAUAUCAAGACUCCAAAAAUAUAUUCCAUAUCAUUUGUUAAUAGUGAAUCACCAUAACGUAAAAAAGUGAAUGUCUUUCCACCAUAGAGCUGGUGUGGCAUCUCGACUCUUUCACCAAAACCAGAAGCAGAUCCGUUUCAGAAAAAAAUCUCUCGUUUUGUACAUACUUGUACCAAAGAGUUGGCUCUCUCUCUCGCACAGUGUCAGUAUUGUAUAGUUUUAAUGAGUGUUUUCUGCCGAGGCUUUGCUGAAUGGCUCCAGGGAACAGUGUUGGAGUAUUCCUAUACGAAGAUGCCUUGAAAUACGCUUCUCAUACUGACAUUGAUUUAUCGUCCUGAUGUUGCUUGAAGCAGGAUCAGUGUUUGGUUUUUUUUUGUUUUGUUUUUGUUUUUUUUAUGUAUAAAUGAAGGUAGAAGGAAUAUAGAGGAAUUUUACUGUGAAGGGCCCUGACCUCUGCUUGCUCUUUUUGUAAUAAGAAAAUCUGACCUUUGACUUUUUCCGGUUUCCGCAAGCACAUGCUCUGCUCCGCUUUCUCUCCUUUUUCAAAGCCACUCUGCUUUUGAUUGUUCACUGCUGAACUAAAACUGUUUCUGUAGUUAUUACAAAUAAAGGUUUGGAAGUCACAAAGCACUUCUGA